GCCGCACGUGGGAGGGGACCGGCAGGGCCUCGCGUCGCCGUGCUCCCGGCUGUGGCCUCCGGUGCCCGGCGCCCGGACUCCGCCGUCGGCCUCCCUGACCAGGACGGCGCUCCCAUGAUCGUCCGGUGCCUUUCGGCUGUGCGAGGCCUCCACAGGGUCGGUGGUUCCAGAAUUUUACUCAGAAUGACGUUGGGAAGAGGAGUGAUGACACCUCUGCAGGCAUUUUCUUCCUGUACUGCGGUUGGCAGAAAUGUUUUAAGAUGGGAUCUUACGCCAGAGCAGAUUAAGACAAGGACCGAGGAGCUUAUCAUGCAGACCAAGCAGGUGUAUGAUGCCGUCGGGAUGCUGGAUGUCCAGGAAGUCACCUAUGAGAACUGCCUGCAGGUGCUGGCGGAUGUGGAGGUGAAGUACAUAGUGGAAAGAACCAUGCUGGACUUUCCUCAGCACGUGUCCCCGGAUAGAGACGUGCGGGCAGCCAGUACGGAAGCCGACAAGAGACUUUCCCGCUUCGAUAUUGAGAUGAGCAUGAGAGCAGAUGUGUUUCAGAGAAUCGCUCACUUACAGGAAACCUGUGAUCUGGAAAAGCUAAAGCCUGAAGCCAGGCGAUACUUGGAAAAGUCAAUUAAGAUGGGAAAACGGAAUGGGCUCCAUCUUCCAGCAGAAAUACAGAACGAAAUCAAGUCAAUGAAGAAAAGAAUGAGCGAGCUGUGCAUUGACUUCAACAAAAACCUGAAUGAAGACGAUACCUUCCUUGUAUUUUCCAGGGCUGAGCUUGGUGCUCUUCCUGAUGAUUUCAUUGACAGCUUAGAAAAGACAGAUGAUGACAAGUAUAAAAUUACCUUAAAAUAUCCACACUAUUUUCCUGUCAUGAAGAAAUGUUGUGUUCCUGAAACCAGAAGGAGGAUGGAAAUGGCUUUUAAUACAAGAUGCAAAGAGGAGAACACCCUGAUCCUCCAGCAGUUACUCCCGCUGCGGGCCCAAGUGGCCAAACUCCUGGGCUACAGCACACAUGCCGACUUUGUCCUGGAGAUGAACACGGCGAAGAGCACGAGCCGUGUAACAGCCUUUCUAGACGAUUUAAGCCAGAAAUUGAAACCGUUGGGUGAGGCGGAACGAGAGUUCAUUUUAAAUCUGAAGAAAAAGGAAUGUGAAGAGAAAGGCUUUGAGUACGAUGGGAAGAUCAAUGCCUGGGACCUGCAUUACUACAUGACGCAGACGGAAGAGCUCAAGUACUCCGUGGACCAGGAGUUCAUCAAGGAAUACUUCCCGAUCGAGGUGGUCACCGAAGGCUUGCUCGACAUCUACCAGGAGCUGCUGGGCCUUUCAUUUGAGCAGGUGGCAGACGCUCAUGUUUGGAAUCCGGGUGUCACACUUUACACCGUGAAGGAUAAGGCUACAGGAGAAGUACUGGGACAGUUCUACCUGGACCUCUACCCAAGGGAAGGUAAAUACAACCACGCCGCCUGCUUCGGCCUGCAGCCCGGCUGCCUGCUGCCCGACGGGAGCCGCAUGAUGGCGGUGGCCGCGCUCGUGGUCAACUUCUCGCAGCCGGCCGCGGGGCGUCCCUCGCUGCUGAGGCACGAUGAAGUGAGGACGUUCUUCCACGAGUUCGGCCACGUCAUGCAUCAGAUUUGUGCGCAGACUGAUUUUGCCCGAUUUAGUGGAACAAAUGUGGAAACUGAUUUUGUGGAGGUGCCAUCGCAAAUGCUGGAAAACUGGGUGUGGGACCCGGACUCCCUCCGAAGACUGUCAAGGCAUUACAGAGACGGAAACCCCAUUGCAGAUGACCUGCUUGAAAAACUUGUUGCUUCAAGACUGGUCAACACAGGUCUCCUGACCCUUCGCCAGAUUGUUCUGAGCAAAGUUGACCAGUCCCUCCAUGCCAACACAUCCCUGGAUGCCGCAAGUGAAUACGCCAGAUACUGCACAGAGAUUUUAGGCGUUGCAGCUACUCCUGGCACAAAUAUGCCAGCCACAUUUGGGCAUCUGGCAGGGGGAUACGACGGCCAGUACUAUGGCUACCUUUGGAGUGAAGUGUUUUCCAUGGACAUGUUUUACAGCUGCUUUAAAAAAGAAGGAAUAAUGAAUCCAGAGGUUGGAAUGAAAUACAGAAACCUAAUCCUGAGACCUGGGGGAUCUCUGGACGGCAUGGACAUGCUCCAGAAUUUCCUGCAACGUGAGCCAAACCAGAAAGCGUUCCUAAUGAGCCGAGGCCUGCAGGCUGCCUGAGCAGGCCAGCUCUGGUCGCCGGCCCCAGCUGGAGGACAAGCCGACGUCGCCACGUGGCACUGGCCUGCAAACCGAAGGGAGUUUUGCUAAAGGAACAUUGAGAUUUCUAUUGACUUCCUUCAUGCUUCUUAAUUUUAAAAAAUUACGCAGAUGUAAAUGGAAUUAUAAAUACUGUGACCUAAGAAAAGAUCCACUGGCAAAUAAUUGUACUAUAAAAUUUCAUAACAAUGCAUUUGAUUUCUUUUUAUAAAAGUUUCAUAUGAAUGUAAUUUGAUUUUUUUACUGUUAUGAUCUUGAUAAUAUUAUGUAACAGGACUAGGAAUUUUGAAAUCGAAUCAUGCACAUGACGUAAUGUGAGCCUUCUUUCUAUCUCAGAGUUUUGUACUUGGGAUUUCUGGAUCCCUCCACGAGUCUUCCCGUUCCUCUGGGGGAUGUCUUCCUGGAGCCUUUCCCCCGGCUUUGAUCCUGUCAGGUGUGACCUCUGCCAACUUACCUCAAGACCAAGGCAAUAAUGCCCCAGUGAGGAUGCCAGACUUUCCUGCUCUGCAGUUAACGUUCCUCCAUGUGGGUUUGCUGGAAGGCAUGAAAAGCUUUGACGCUGCCACGGCACCUGCCGGUUAACGUCGUGGGCUGGUGGCUUCCAUCUCUUGUGCUAAGGUCUCAUUUCCUUUUCAGCACACAAGGGUUGUCAGUGCCCGGGAUGCCAUUCUCACGUCUCCCACAACUGGCAGGAACUUUGCCUCCUUUACCCAGCACCUUGUCUAAAGUUGCACAGGUGGCUGUCUUGAAUGCCCUGAGGGAGAGAACUGAUGCUGGGGAAGGGUUCCAGGACUCUGCAAGAGGGGGUUCUGCACAGAAGCAUUUGCUGGGGGGUGGGGGGGGCCCCAUUGUGGGGUGCAGGGCAGCCCUCGGGCACCUGUUCUGUUAUCAGCUGAUUGUAAUUUUCUGUGAGCCCUUGAGCGCCUCCAACUCUCACUCCAGCUGAAUUCCACUUCCACAGCAGUACUCGUUUCCCCUUCCUCCUCCUCCCCAGCCUCCCACCCCAGGAAUCUACUCAAUGAGGAAACCGAGACAGGAUAGCUUUAAACAAAGCAGUAAGCUUGGACUGAACGCCACCCAGGUCUCGGAGUUACUUCUUACUCGCUGCAUGGCUGAGGUGUGACUGUGCAGGUAUUGCAUAGAAUUAGAAGCUAGCUCUCGACUUCGAAUGGACUUUGUGCUAAAUAAAACAUUUAUUAUAUUGUAUGAUAAAAAUUAUAGACAGCCAGGAAACCAGGAACCAUAACAACCCAGAAGGAAAUGCUAAGGUUGUUAGUGCCGAGCAAAUAACCUCCAACAUCCAUGGGAAAUCCCACCCUUCCAGACCGCUUGCCUGUCCCUUCUCUUGCCCACGCUCGCCCAGCGCCGCCGCCUCUGGUUCCUAAAGCUGUUUCUGUGGUUUGAGCAACCUAGAAUAGUUCUCUCAUAUCUGUUUUCCCCCAGCCACUUCUGUUUUCUACUUUAAGACAAGAAAAAAAAAAAAAAAAGAAACCCAGUCUUCGUUAUUUCUACUGCCUACUGUUUCUUUUUAACUUUACCGUCUUAAAACUUAAUGUCUUUCACAUGGAAAAGCUAACAAUGGCUGGUGUGGCAAAGACUGCAGACAAUAAAGUUACCUUAUUACCCA